GUCAGCAUUUGUAUUACGAAAGAAUAGUUGUUGAAACGUCACAGAGAAACAUAUCAACUUUAACAUAUGAUCUUUCUUUUUGGAUCAUGCAUGAUGCAUCUUUAUAAAAAAAAAAUGAAAGACUCGUCAUUAAUCUUUACAAAGCUUGCUCAACAAAAGUUGAAGUAUUACCAAAUUCAACUAAGCUGUAAUUAAGGAGUACCACUAACAAAUAUCAAGGACAGACAAGAAUGGAUCGACUAAUUUCGUAACAGACAGAAAUUUUGCGCGUAUCGCGCAUAAGUCAGUGAUUAUAUAUAUACAUAUAUAAAAAAAAUAUGCGGAUAAUUUUGGUUAAAUUCCGUGAAGUAUCACAAAAAUAUCCCAUAGUACGGGGUAUGGCAUCUUACACCAUUAUAUGGCCAACUGCAAGCUUAUUUCAGCAAAAAAUAACAGGUAGACCAGAAUUGAAUUAUCCUGAAGCGUUAAGAUUUAGUUUGUAUGGUGGCUUUUUUGUAGCACCUACUUUAUAUUGUUGGUUAAGAUGCGCCUCACAUUUUUGGCCAAAAUCUGAUUUUAAAUCUGCGAUUACAAAAGCAUUAGUAGAACAAGUUACAUACACUCCAACAGCAAUGUGUUGCUUUUUCUUUGGAAUGAAUUUCCUUGAACAAAAGUCUGUUUCAGAAUGCAUUGAAGAAGUCAAACAGAAAUUCUGGCCAACUUACAAGAUCGGAGUAUGCGUAUGGCCUAUUUUACAAACUAUUAACUUUGUGUUAAUUCCAGAACACAAUCGUGUAGUUUAUGUAAGUAUUUGCAGUUUAAUGUGGACAUCUUUCCUUGCCUAUAUGAAAGCACUUGAAACUAAAAGAAAACAACUAGAAAUGGGAAAUAGUACAAAAACAAUGGAAUUUUUAGAUACUCAAUCUGUGAUUGAAUCUAUUGAUCAAAAUACAUCUACAUCUUUAUGACGUUAGUUUUGUAGUUAAAAUUUUAUAAUACUAGAUUAAUUGAUUUGUAUAAAAAAUUGUAAUUUCCAUAUGCUUACGUAAAGAGGAAAAUUCCUUUUUAUAUUUUAUUUAUGAGUAUGUGUAUGUUAUUAUGGAAAAGGAAGGUAACAGAAGAAAGCAAAGUUUUCAACUCAAGAUUCCAUAUAUUAUAUUUAUUACAAAUUUUUAGCAUAAUGAAAUACUGUCGAGUUGAUCCAUAGCUAGUCACUUUAAUAAAUGUAAAAUACUUUUUUUAUCCUAGAAUAA